GGGGGCAGGACACACCUCCUGCGGGCCUAUUCAAUAAUCAGUUAAAUCACCUGAAGCACACGCAUUUCCGGGGAGCGCUCCGGGCACCCUGGCUUGAGGGUAGAGUGGGCGGAGGUCCCUAAGGGAGAGGUGGGGCUCGGGCUGAAUCCCUCGUUGGGGGCACCAGGGUCAAGUGGCUAACCUGGCAGCCCAGUCACGGGGAGGCCCUCUCUCAUUGGGCAGAAGCUAAGUCCGAAGCCGCGCCCCUCCUGGGAGGUUGGACUGUGGUGCAGGAAAGCCUCAAGUAGAGGAGGGUUGAGGCUUCAAUCCAGCACUUUGCUCGGGUCACGGCCUCCUCCUGGCUUCCAAGACCCCACCAUAGGCAGAGGCAGGCCUUCCUACACCCUACUCCCUGUGCCUCCAGCCUCGACUACUUCCUAGCACUCCACGACUGAGUCUCUGAGGUCACUUCACCGUGGUCUCUGCCUCACCCUUGGCGCUGGAGCAUUGAGAGGAGAGGGCUGGGGCGCUCUGCUGAGCCACUCCUGCGCCCCCCUGGCCUUGUCUACGUCUUGCCCCCCGAAGGGUUAGUGUCGAGCUCACCCCAGCAUCCUACAACCUCCUGGUGGCCUUCCCGCCCCUACAACCCCGAGGUAUAAAGCCAGGUACACGAGGCAGUGGACGAACCAAGGAUGGAGAUGUUCCAGGGGCUGCUGCUGUUGCUGCUGCUGAGCAUGGGCGGGACAUGGGCAUCCAAGGAGCCGCUUCGGCCACGGUGCCGCCCCAUCAAUGCCACCCUGGCUGUCGAGAAGGAGGGCUGCCCCGUGUGCAUCACCGUCAACACCACCAUCUGUGCCGGCUACUGCCCCACCAUGACCCGCGUGCUGCAGGGGGUCCUGCCGGCCCUGCCUCAGGUGGUGUGCAACUACCGCGAUGUGCGCUUCGAGUCCAUCCGGCUCCCUGGCUGCCCGCGCGGCGUGAAUCCCGUGGUCUCCUACGCCGUGGCUCUCAGCUGUCAAUGUGCACUCUGCCGCCGCAGCACCACUGACUGCGGGGGUCCCAAGGACCACCCCUUGACCUGUGAUGACCCCCGCUUCCAGGCCUCCUCUUCCUCAAAGGCCCCUCCCCCCAGCCUUCCAAGCCCAUCCCGACUCCCGGGGCCCUCAGACACCCCGAUCCUCCCACAAUAAAGGCUUCUCAAUCCGCA